AUGAAAGGUUAUUUAAAGAAAUGGGUGAAAUUCAUGUAUUAAUAUUAAAAUCAUUAUUUUAUUUUGCAUGAAGGUUCUUUAAUUUAUUGUCAUUCUAAAGGAUCUCGAAAGAAAGGUGAAGAGUACUCUAAUUAUUUAGGUUAAGUGCAUUUAAGUAUCUGCUCAAUAAAAUCUGUUUCUAAAGAUCCUCAAAGAAUUGUGAUAAAUUAUGGAAUGAGUGAAAUGAAUUUAAGGGCUUCAUUAGUUUAAGAGAAAUAGAAAUGGUUAUCAAUAAAAAGAAAACGAAAUCAUUAUUUAGUAUUCAUCUAUAUCCUAAAAUAAUAUCCUUUUAUAGAGAAAGAAGAACCCUUUCUUUUUUAUUCAAGGAGCUCCAGAAUUAGAUCGAAAAAGCAUUCAUACUACUCUUACAUAAUUUUUUAUUAUGCAAUCAUAAUUAGAAGAGUAGAUUCUAUUAAUAAUACUUCGAAAAUUAGCUAAUUGAUAUAAGAAAUAGAAGUAAAUGACUUAGCAAAUUUAGCAUAUAGUUAAAUUUAGUAAAAACUUUAAGAGAAAAUAAGAGUAAAAACUGAUCAUAAUCCUCCUGAUCUUGAUUAGGAAGAAUUUGUACCUACUGAAUAAUUUAUGAGGAUGAAGAUAAAUUUUACUUAAUCAAUAAUGAACUCUAUGAUACCAGAUUACUAGUAAGGAGAUUAUCUUUUCAGAAAAAGUCUAUUUUUGGAGUUUCUCCAUUGCUUUAUUGAUUUAGAUACUUGA